AUUGGGAGAAAAGCUAUAAGUUGGGUAUGCUUCUUCUUGUGCCACUAUUUAGCUUCAAAGAUUGAGAGAGAGAGAGAGAGAGAGAGAGAGAGAGAGAGAGAGAGAGAGAGAGAGAUGGCAUUAGAAGCCGUGGUGUUCCCACAAGACAUAUUUGGUUACAAUUGUAAGGAAUUAUACACCAAUAUGGGAGGAAUAUGGGGCAAUGACUUAGCCAAUAUGGUGGUGGUGGAGGAGAUGGAAAUGUCAGAAUGUGAGAUGGGUGGUUGGGUUGGUGAGAACUGGAACCCUUCAUCUUCUUCUCUUGUGCAAAAUCUAGAUGAGUGGGAGAUUAACUCCUCGUCGGCUGAAGUUUGGGGCGUGGCGGUGGAGGCGGAGGGGGAGGAGGCUAUGAAGGCUGUGGAUGGACGGAGGAAGAGGCGGCGGACGAGGAGUGUUAAGAAUAUGGAGGAGGUGGAGAGCCAGAGGAUGACCCACAUUGCUGUCGAGCGCAACCGCCGUCGGCAAAUGAACGAGUACCUGGCCAUUCUCCGGUCACUUAUGCCCCCCUCCUAUGUCCAGAGGGGUGAUCAAGCAUCAAUUGUCGGUGGCGCGAUAAAUUACGUGAAGGAGCUCGAGCAACUUCUCCAGUCCCUCGAAGUCCAAAAGAGGCUAAAGCAAGUGCAGACUGAUUCGACCAGUCUCGCUUCUCCCUUCGCCAACUUCUUUGCCUUUCCCCAGUACUCGAGCUUCUCUGGCAGAGGCGGCGGCGGCGGCAGCAACAGCGGAACGGUUACUGACAACCAAUCAGCAGUAGCUGACAUUGAGGUGACGGUGGUCGAGAGCCAUGUCAAUCUCAAGGUUCUGUCGAAGCGGCAGCCAAAACAGCUUCUGAAGAUGGUGGCAGGGUUGCAAAAUCUCCGGUUCAUACCGCUGCAUCUGAAUGUGACCACUGUGGAUGACAUGGUUCUCUACUCAUUUAGCCUUAAGGUAGCGGAUGAUUGCCAUUUUACUUCUGUGGAUGAGAUUGCAACAACUGUGUAUCAGAUGAUAGGGAGGAUUGAAGAGGACGCUAAGUUUAGUAAAUAAAUUCCCAGCAUUUAGAGUGAUUUCGAGUUACAAGCAUUGUGGAGGUCUCGUGUGUGAGAUUAAGUGUGUGCACGAUUUAUAGCUGAUCAUGAUGGCCCUGAAAGGUUUGGCAUCAGAAUCUCUGGAGAUCCAUUUCAGCAAAAAUAAAACAGGCUCUCUAAGAUAAGAAAUGGGUUUCUAUUUCUAGAAUCCAUUGAUCAAAGACCUGUUUCGAUGUCAGAAACAAGUUACUGAGUGAUAACUUGUGUGGAUUAUAUAUUCUUCUGGAAUUGAAAUGUAGGAAACUGCUUCCAGUGCCCUGUAAGGUCUCAACGCCGUGAAUUUAGAAUAGUAUAUUCCACAUAUGAGAUGAUUGAUCUCAGUAGGAGAAAAUGGUUUUGACAACUGAACAUAAUGUGCACACUGUUAUAAACAUUGUAAUUUCUUGUAA